AUGUUUGGAACACCAAGCACUACUACGUCAGGUUUUGCCUUCGGUGCUCCGUCAGGAGGAAUGACUGGAGCAGGCACUGGCGGGUUUGCUUUCGGGGGCAGCUCUGGUUCAACGGGAGCUGGCGCUUCUUCUGGGUUUGGGGGUUUCAGUUUUGGGGGAUCAGGAACUGGGCCGGCAACUACCACUGCAGCUGCACAGCCAGGAGGUUUUGCUUUUGGUGCCUCAGGAAGUGGGACAGCAGCUACUGCUGCGGCAACUCAGCCAGGAGGGUUUGCUUUUGGGACGUCAGGAAGUGCACCAGCAGCCACUGCAGUUGCCGCUCAGCCUGCAGGUUUCAACUUUGGAGCUGUUGCCCCAAAACCCGCAACCAGUUCCACUGGUGCUUUUGGUGGAUUCGCCUUUGGAGGCUCGCAGCAGACACAGGCUCCUCAGACAACAACAGCUGGGGGAACAGGUUUUCCAUUUGGGUCCACUGCUGUUAGUGGUGGUGGCUUGUCACUGGGAACAGCCACGUCUGGGUCUACCAUGUUUGGCAGUUUGAAACCACCCACUGCAACUACAACAGCAGCCCCUGCUGCUACUGCUGGUUUUGGUGGGUUUGGAUCUACUGACCCAGCUAAAACAACAGGUGGGUCUUUGUUAGGUGGACUUCUCAGCUCUACCACUUCAGCUGCAGCUCCUGCAGCAGCAACAACAUCCACACCAGCAACAGGUGGUUUUAAUUUUGGAGCAACAGUAACCACAGCUGCAGCAGCCACUGGGUUUGGUUUCGGGGCAGCACCAACCACAGCAGCCACUGGGUUUGGUUUUGGAGCAGCAACAACAACAACUGCUAGCGGGUUUGGAUUAGCACCGACUACAACUACAGCAGCUGCGGUGACAACAGCACAGUUGGGAGGUUUCCCCUUUGGGACCCCCGCAACUCAAGCCUCGACAUCGGCCCCUACACUGGGAGGUGGGAUAGGGCUUGGCAGUGUCUUCAGCACAGCUACCACGACCACAGCGGUGGCAACGAGUGCUCCGCCGGCAAGCUCUGUAGCAUCUCUCUCAGGGACUGGCCUGCCUGGGCAGAAACAGAUGACCUUCCGGCAGCUGGAGGAGACCAUCAACAAGUGGACCACGGAGCUGGAGGAGCAGGAGAAACAUUUUCUGGACCAGGCCACACAAGUCAACGCUUGGGACCGCAUCGUCAUGGAGAAUGGCGAGAAGAUCAUUCAGCUCAAUAAAGAUGUGGAGAAGGUCAAGCUGGACCAGCAGAAGCUGGACCAUGAACUGGACUUCAUCCACUCACAACAGAAUGAGUUGGAGGACAUUCUCAGCCCACUGGAGAAAGCCCUGGACAGUCUGCCCCCGAUCACCUACCAGCAGCACGCCGAUAUUGAGCGUGAGCACACAUAUGUGCUGGCAGAAAGCCUGGAUGCCCAGCUCAAGCGCAUGGGACAAGAUUUGAAAGAGAUCAUUGAGCGGCUCAACUCCACAAAUACUGCCCCAGAUCCCAGUGAUCCGGUUCAGCAGGUGACCAAAAUUUUGAAUGCCCAUGUAGUAUCCUUGAUGUGGGUCGACAGAAACACAGCCAGCCUCCAGCGACGAGUGGAGGAGAUCUCCAAGCAGAUGGAUUUAGAAAAGAGAGAACAGGAACGAAACUUCAGACUUGCCUACAGCUGA